AUGCGGUCCGCAAUCAUCGUAUCGGCACUCGCCUCGGUGGCCACCGCCGCCAGGCCCUACCUCAACGAGCCAGACACCGGAAUUGAUGAUGCGCUCGGUCAACUUCCCGUCGGGCAGCUCCCAAACGUGACCGACAUGCACGCCAUGCACGACUUUGAGUGGGCGGCACGGAGGUACCUCCCCACGGUCAACUACACCUACUACCGCAACGGUGCGGGUGGCGAGUGGUCCUACAGGAACAACCUUGAGGUCUACAACCGCUACAAGCUGAGGCCCAAGACCAUGGUGGACAUUACGGACAUCGCAGAUUCCAUGCCUACCACAAUCCUUGGGCACAACUUCUCGGCACCCUUCUUCAUCUGCCCCUGUGCGCGCGCCGGAUAUGCCCACCCCGACGCUGAGCUCAACCUGGUCCAGGGUGCCGGCGCCGGCAAGAUCCUGUACAUCCCUUCGUCCUUCUCGUCGCUCCCGAUCGAGCAGAUCGCGGCCAAGCGCGCACCGGACCAGAUCCUGUUCAGCCAGGUCUACACCAACGACAACGACACUGCCAACCAGAUCCUUUUCGACCGCGCCGAGAAGGCCGGCUCCAAGGCCCUGGUCUGGGCCAUCGACGCCCCCGGCAGCCCGAGCCGGCAGCGCGCCGCUCGCUACGGCGUGGGCAGCGCCAACGCCGCCUUCAUCACCAACACCUGGGAGGUGCUGGACAAGUUCCGCAACAUGACCUCGCUGCCCUUCAUCCUCAAGGGCAUCCAGACCGUCGAGGACGCCAGGCUGGCCGUCCAGCACAAGGUCCCCGCCAUCAUCCUGUCCAACCACGGAGGUCGCAACCUCGACGGCAGCCCGUCGUCGCUUGAGGUCGCCAUCGAGAUCCACCGCGAGGCCCCUGAGAUCUUUGAGCAGAUCGAGGUCCUCGCUGACGGUGGCAUCCGCUACGGCACCGACGCCCUCAGGCUCCUCGCCCUUGGCGUGAAGGCUGUCGGCUUGGGACGCAGCUUUAUGUAUUCGAACGUAUUUGGCGUCGACGGCGUCAAGCGCGCCGUCGAGAUCUUCCGGAGCGAGCUCACGAACGAUGCGGCCAACCUGGGCGUCACGGACAUCAAGAAGAUCGACCCUAGCUAUGUCGACUGGACCCCGAACCACUGGUACAGCUAG